ACAAUUCUGGAGUAUCACUCUUCAGUGCAAAUCAGGAGUGGUUAGAAUAGAAAUGUUACUAAAAAUAUUUUGUUUGUGUUCGGUGGUGGCUUGUGUGGUUUCCGCACCUCCCACAGAUGAGGUUCCACCAGAAAGGCAACAGCCAACAGUGAUUCCAAUAGUUUCACAAUCCGAGGAAUUUGAAGCUGAUGGAAAAUAUAAAUUUAGCUAUGAAACCGGGAACGGUAUCAAACGUGAAGAAACCUCCUUCGACAAAGUGGUGGAAGCACGUAAACACAGUGACUGCAGUAACGAGGGGGGUGAAGAUGACGACAGCGAUGAGAUCCACGUGCAGCAGGGAUCAUAUUCCUACACAGCACCAGAUGGCACCCUCAUCAGUGUAAAAUACAUUGCAGACGAGAAUGGGUUUAGACCUGUUGGAAACCAUAUCAACCUUGGCCCUCAACCACCAGCGGAAUCCAGUCACUCCCACAAACACAAGCACAAAUCUUCUCGAAAAUUAGAAGAGAGUGAAGAAGAUUCUUCAAAAUCUAAAUCUGACGAUACUCUACCAGCAGAAACCUCAGAAUCGGAAUCAAUUGAAAGUAUUUCGCCACCAAACGGAGAUUUUGCAAAAAAGAUACCGAAAAAAGGGCCAAAGCAAGGCAAGGAUAACAAAAAGUCCGCUCCUAAAGAAUCCGGAAAACCAAUUACUGAAGAAGACGAAAUACUCAAUGAGAAAGACAAUGAACAAUCUGCAUCUAAGAAAAGCAACAAACUGAGUCACGAUUCAGGUGAAAAGCUAGAAUCUGGGAAAAGUGAAAAGGUCGAAUCUGAGGAAGGUGAAAAGUCUGCCACUAAGAAUGGAAAGCUGUCUAAAUCACCUGCUAAUAAGGGAGACAACAAGCCUGAAUCUGAGGAAGGUAAAAAGCCUGGAUCUGACGAAGGUAAGAAACCUGAAUCAAAGGAAGGUCAAAAAAAUGCCUCUGUAGGGGAGAAGUCUACACCUAAGGAAGGAGAGAAGCCCACACCUAAGGAAGGAGAGAAGCCCACUCCUAAGGAAGGAGAGAAACCUAAGUCCAAGGAAGGUGAAAAACCUGAGUCUAAGGAAGGCGAGAAGCCUACACCUAAAGAAGGCAAGAAGCCUACGCCUAAGGAAGGUGAGAAACCUGAGUCAAAGACAGCCGAGAAGUCUACACCUAAGGAAGGAGAGAAACCUGAGUCCAAGGAAGGUGAGAAGUCUACACCUAAGGAAGGAGAGAAGCCCAUACCUAAGGAAGGCGAGAAGCCUACGCCUAAGGAAGGUGAGAAACCUGAGUCCAAGGAAGGUGAGAAGUCUACACCCAAGGAAGGAGAGAAGCCUACGCCUAAAGAAGGAGAGAAGCCUACACCUAAGGAAGGAGAGAAACCUGAGUCCAAGGAAGGAGAGAAGCCUACACCCAAAGAAGGAGAGAAGCCCACACCUAAGGAAGGUGAGAAACCUGAGUCAAAGACGGGCGAGAAGUCUACACCUAAGGAAGGCGACAAGCCUACGCCUAAGGAAGGAGAGAAACCUGACUCCAAGGAAGGUGAGAAGUCUACACCCAAGGAAGGAGAGAAGCCCACACCUAAGGAAGGCGACAAGCCUACGCCUAAGGAAGGAGAGAAACCUGAGUCCAAGGAAGGUGAGAAGUCUACACCCAAGGAAGGCGAGAAACCUAUGCCUAAGGAAGGAGAGAAACCUGAGUCCAAGGAAGGUGAGAAGUCUACACCCAAGGAAGGAGAGAAGUCCACACCUAAGGAAGGAGAGAAACCUGAGUCCAAGGAAGGUGAGAAGUCUACACCCAAGGAAGGAGAGAAGCCCACACCUAAGGAAGACGACAAGCCGACGCCUAAGGAAGGAGAGAAACCUGAGUCCAAGGAAGGUGAGAAGUCUACACCCAAGGAAGGAGAGAAGCCCACACCUAAGGAAGGCGACAAGCCUACGCCUAAGGAAGGAGAGAAACCUGAGUCCAAGGAAGGUGAGAAGUCUAUGCCUAAGGAAGGAGAAAAACCUGAGUCCAAGGAAGGUGAGAAGUCUAAACCCAAGGAAGGAGAGAAGUCCACACCUAAGGAAGGAGAGAAACCUGAGUCCAAGGAAGGUGAGAAGCCCACACCUAAGGAAGGAGAGAAACCUGAGUCCAAGGAUGGUGAGAAGUCUACACCCAAGGAAGGCGAGAAACCUAUGCCUGAGAAAGAUGAAAAUCCUACACCUAAGGAAGGGGAGAAGCCUGCACCUAAAGAAGGUGAGAAGCCUACACCUAAGGAGGGCAAAAAGCCUACAUCUAAGGAAGGAGAGAAGCCCACACCUAAGGAAGGAGAGAAAUCUGAGUCCAAGGAAGGUGAGAAGUCUACACCCAAGGAAGGCGAGAAACCUAUGCCUGAGAAAGAUGAAAAUCCUACACCUAAGGAAGGGGAGAAGCCUGCACCUAAAGAAGGUGAGAAGCCUACACCUAAGGAGGGCAAAAAGCCUACAUCUAAGGAAGGAGAGAAGCCCACACCUAAGGAAGGAGAGAAAUCUGAGUCCAAGGAAGGAGAGAAGUCUACACCCAAGGAAGGCGAAAAGCCUACACCUAAGGAAGGCAAGAAGCCUACACCUAAGGAAGGCGAAAAGCCUACACCUAAGGAAGGAGAGAAAUCUGAGUCCAAAGAAGGUGAGAAGCCUACACCUAAAGAAGGAGAAAAGCCUACGCCUAAAGAAGGAGACAAACCCACACCUAAAAAAGGAGAGAAGCCUACACCUAAGGAAGGAGAGAAACCUGAGUCGAAGGAAGCUGAAAAGCCUAAACCUAAGGAAGGUGAAAAGCCUACACCCAAGGAAGGAGAGAAGUCUACACCUAAAGAAGGCGAGAAGUCUACUCCCAAGGAAGGCGGGAAGUCUGCUCCUAAGGAUAGUGAGAAGCCUACACCUAAGGAAGGUGAGAAGGCUACCCCUAAGGAAAGUGAGAAGCCUAAACCCAAAGAAGGCGAGGAGCCCACACCUAAAGAAGGCGAGAAGCCUACACUUAAGGAAGGUGAGAAGCCAACACCUGCUAUAUCUGCAAAAGAAGCACAAAACAUAUCAAAACAAGCUGUAGAUGUUGUUCAAGACGCUAAAGAGUCUGCUAAAGGUGCGGUUCAGUCUGCUAUGGAAGCGCUACAAACUGCGGAGAAGGUUAUAAAAUCUAUCAAUAAAAAGCGUGCAGAAGGAGAUAACAUGUCUGACAAAGACACGAUAGCACAUGCACAGUUAGCUAAGAACGCUGCGAAAGAAGCGUUGCAGGCAGCUCAAGUUGUUGGUAACGCUGCUGAAGCAGCAGAGAAAGCUGCAAAUGAGGCUGUAAUUUUAGCUCAGUCACUACCCACAGUAUCCGAAAAUUCUCCAAGUGACCCACCAAAGAAACUAGAAGAUAAUAAGGCUCCUGUAGAUGAUAAGUCUCACAAAGAAGUACCACCAAAAGCUGCGUAAAUAGAGGCGAUACCGAAGUUAACAUAUCAAACGAUACUGGACACACGGUCUUGAACUCGGCCAAAAGCUAUUGUUACGGGUUAUUUAUUUUAAAUUGUUAUGUCUGUUGUAUAAAAAUGAAAUAAAAAUGUGAUAUUACGUUUUCUAAGUCAACGAUUAGUCUAUUCGUUGCUGACGAAUUAUUUUUAAGAAAAUACAGCUAACUGU